CUCCCAUCUGGGGCAAGGCAGGGGAUGGCGCUCUUCAAGGACUACGUCUUCCCAGCUCUGUCCCUCUGCCAGUCGAUCGUCUUUUUCUUCUGCAAGGGGAUGAUUGAAGGGUUGGUGAUCCUCCUCUUCCUGUGGCUGCUGGUCCAGGUCCUGCUAGACAAACACCAGCAGGUGCACUUACAGGUAUUCCUGGGCGUGGGGCUGGCCCUGCUCUGCUUCUGCCUGCUCCUUGGCUGCGCGAUUUGCUGGCACCGGCGGAGGACGCGGCGGCCGGAUUGCGGCGAGGCGCAGGCGUCGGGCCGCCCCCUAGUGGAUCUGGGCCCCGCUCUGCCCUCUCCGACGACCGCUGUGCCCAUCCAGCAACAAUAUGCCCAGCUGGCGGGGCAGCUUCUGGAGAGCCUGCCUGCUGCAGCUGCUCGUGCGCCGGCCUCGCCCGACGGCAGCCCCCCAACGGCCCUCCUGCGCGGCCGCGCCUCCCUGCCCAGCCUCGUCGUCCCGCCAGGGCUGAGCGCGCCGCCGGCCAAGCGCCCACGGGGCCCGCAGCGCCGGAGCACCAUUGCCGCGGGAGACAGCAGCAGCCUCCUCGCCGUGCGCCCUGUCGCGGGGCUCCUGCCCGCUGCUGCCCAAGCCAAGCCGCGACCUCGCCUGCACUUCGCCGUCGGCUACUCUCCUCCGGAGGCCACGCUCACGGUGAACGUCGUCGGCGUCGCCCACUUGUCCGGGGCUCUCGGCGCCAGCCGCAGCUGCUACGUCGAGGCGCGCCUGCUGCCGGGCUCCGCGGAGCCGCAGCGCACCGCCCGGCGCCGGAGGAGCCUCCACCCCGAGUUCCACGAGCAGCUCCGCUUCCCCGGCUGCGCCCGCCAAGAGCUGCCCGGCCUGACGCUGCGCCUCGCUGUUUACGCCAAGGCUUUCGCCCGUCGGAAGGACACCUUCGUGGGCGAGGUGCUGUUCCCCUGCGCCCAGGUGGCCGGCGAGCCGGGCGCCUCGCCCUCUACGCACGCCCAGGAGCUGUCGCUCACGAAGUGCCACAGUUCCCAGGACAUGAGCUCCGCCUCUUGGCUCUCUCAGCCCAAGUCCCUGGGGCAGCUUUUCCUCCUGCUCCAGUAUCAAGCUCUGGCCAAUCGCAUCAAAGUUCUGGUUCGCAAAGCAGAGAACCUGGGACGCGUCGGCCGGAUGCUGGGCACACCAGACCACUACGUUCUGAUCCACCUUUGCCACGAUGGAAAGGUCAUUGACACAAAGGAGACCAAGUCCAUAGCGGGCUACAACCCCGUGUGGAAUGCCCCGUUCCUCUUCAGCUUACCUGCCGGAGACAUCCAGGAACAGCAGUUGUCCCUGGAGUUCACAGUCAUGCAGGCUCGCCUCUACACCCGCAGCUGCGCUGUUGGCCGAGUGCUGAUCGGUCCUGUGGCCCCUGAGAUGGGGCAGGUGCACUGGAAGGAGAUGUGCAGCCGGGGGAACAUGGAAUCUGCUCGCUGGCAUGCCAUUCAGUCAGAAGGCUUUCAGUUCUGCCCUUGAGAUGCGCGUCCGCAGCUUCUUGCUGGGGAGUCGUGUGGCUGUCAUGGCGAACGAUGGCAGCCAAAGCAACGGCACCCUGCGAGAAAUGGCCUCCCUCUGCUAUGGGAGGCCAGGGAAGGUUUAUGGGGAACUUGGCAUUGCGACACCAUUAAGGUACGCAGGACUGCAGGAAGUCCAGCUGGAGAAAUCCAAGCCAGUUCCAAGUCCUCCCAAGGCAGGGACUUUUUGCCCAAAGAGAGGUGAUGCUGCUUGGAGCCCUUUAGAAACUCUGGGGU